AUGGCUGCGAAUCUCAUCCCCUUCCGGCCAUCAGGGAUCCGAGCUUGCGCGACGUCGGACCACCGGAAUCCCGACCAGAACCGUCCAACAAGUGCCUCGUCGCCCAACUGGUGGACCCCGAUCUUCGGAUGGUCCGCUGAACCCGACUACAUCGACUCCGGGAGCAACAAGCAGAUCCACAACGGCUCCGAUAAAUCGAACCAGGAUCUCGACCCGAAGUCUUCCCGAACCAGGUUCGCCCCGGGUUCCUUCACGAAGGAGAAGGCGAGACAGCUCCGGAUGAUGACGAUGGAGACGGAGUCGUUUCACGACGUCAUGUACCACUCCGCCAUCGCCUCCCGCCUAGCCUCGGAUUUCAAGAAACGAUCCGAUCUGUGA